AUGUCCACGCCAAAGGGAUACGAAGGGUGGAGCAAACAACAGCUCAUUGACAAGCUUCGAGAGUUGGAGGCUACUAAUGAAGAUGAGCCCAAAGUAGAAAAGACCAACACCAAGAAGAAGACUAAGAAGUUCGAUUUCUCCAAGUACCACACGCGGUUUGUGGCAAUUCGGUUUGCAUAUCUUGGUUGGAACUACAACGGUUUAGCGUUUCAGUUCGAGGACACGCCACUCCCCACCGUGGAAGAGCAGAUUCUCAAAGCUCUUGCAACUGCCAAGUUGGUGAAGGAUGCUGAGCCAGGAUGCUGCGAUUUCAGCCGGUGUGGUAGAACAGACAAGGGCGUUAGUGCGAUGAACCAGGUUAUCUCAUUGCGUGUGCGGUCGGACUUUUCUCCAGAGGACCAACAACUCCAGUCAAAUGAUGAUAAAGAGAUUCCCUAUAUUUUCAUUUUGAACUCGAUAUUACCACCCGAUAUCCGGGUGACAGCCAUUAGCCUUCGGCCUCCUCCAAAGUUCGACGCUCGGUUCAGCUGUGAGUAUAGACACUAUAGAUACCUCAUUGCAAAAGAAGGAUUGGAUUUGGACUUGUUACAAGCUGCUGCUGCCAAAUACAAAGGAUCCCACGACUUUAGAAACUUCUGCAAAAUUGAUGGUUCUAAGCAAAUCACCAACUACAGACGAGAAAUCUACCACUCACAAAUAAUCCCGUGGGAUGAUGAGUUUGUCAUGUUAGACUUGAAGGGGUCUGCCUUCUUGUGGCACCAGGUGCGGUAUAUGGUAGCAGUAAUAUUGUCUAUUGGACAAGGGCAUGAACAAAUGUCGUUAAUUGAUAAUUUGUUUGAUGUUGAAAAGUAUCCCAGUAAACCCAACUACGAGUUGGCAAAUGAUGUGCCCUUAAUCUUGUAUGACUGCGUAUAUCCUGAGAUGGAAUGGUUGGUUCCCUCUGAUUUCAAACGAUCCUUCUUCAAGAACUCGAGGGAGUACGCAAAAUUGAAUGGACAAGUGUUGGACUACCAGUUGAAGGCACAGGUGAAUAAAAUUAUGAAACAAACGGUCGUCAAAGAUGAAGACAAAUUGGUAUAUUCUUCCGAUUCUGGAGUGAUCAACGUAGGAGAUGGAAGGGGCCGGAACUUCAAGACAUAUGUUCCAGUGCUUGAGAGGGAGUUUGGAGAGACAUUUGAAGCGGUGAACGAGAGACACAAGGACAAACGUAAGAGACGGAAGUUGGAGCAGGUAGAGAGUAUAGAGUAACAGUAGAUACUUCAUCUAAA